AUGUCUGCAGAUGUUAUAAAAAGACGAAUGAACACCGAUAUUUACUCGGUAAUUCUACCUCAUUGCAAAGAUGGUCUUCCGUUUGGCAAAAUUGUGCCAAAAAUGCUAGAUAGUUUGGGGUAUUCUUAUGAUAAAAGGUAUCACGAGGCUGGCUUUCGGGAUCUUGCCGAUCUUUUAAAUCAACAUCCAAAAAUUACUCGCCUUCCAAAUGGAAAUUAUACGAUUAUUCCCGAUAAUACCAACGAAGAGUUGGUUAAAAUGGUUGUCAAACAGAAGGAUAACAAACGGAAGAAGAAAGCAGUGGCAUCAAAAAUUCAUCGUCCACACACGCAUAUUGGAUUUUCGCUUAACUACCGAUCUCCAAAGCAGCAGAAGUCCGUAACGGUCAAACUGAACAAACGCCCAAUUUUACCGACAGUUCAAAUAAGGGGACAGCAGCCGUUGCAGCCAAAUAUGGAUUUGAAUAAACCGUUUAUGCCGAAAGGAAAAAAAGCGAAUAGCCCAGUUAAUUGUAAAAUUGACCAAAAGCGGAAGGCUUCGAGCACGAAAAAAAUUACGACGCAUGUAUAUCUCGGCGGCGACGACGCUGAAGACAGCAGAGCGGUAUUUGCGCCGACCACAAAGACUGAUGAUUUUCCGUCGAUUGUCACAUUCCGAAACAAUACUAUGAAAAUGCUGGCCAAAGUCUACCCGAAACCGAUGCAUCUCAGUGAGCUCAGCGAUCUAUACGAGGAGGAAUUUGGAUUGCGUGUCGAUCCAAUGCAAGUGUUCAGCAAAUCAUGGAAGAUGCUUGCCACAUCGACGUUUAAAGAUUUCAUUGGACUGAGCGGCGCCGAAAUAAAAUUAAAAGAAGAAUGGGUGAAUAAGAAUAGAAAAUACUACAUGUUAUCGCCAGAUUGCGAAGUGUCACGAGCAAACUGUGGAACCCUCAAAAUAUCAGAUGAUUCACCGAAUUCCGAAUCAUCCUCGAAAAGGUCGAUCAUUGAUUUGUCUAAACAGCUCGGGGGGCUGACAGUUUCUAGCUCCACUUUUUCGUCUCCAUCAACAAGAAGCAUUGUCUCAACUGCAUCCAACAAUACCAAUCGUGAAGAGCAAGAAAGGGCUCGACGCCGAUUGUUGCUCGAGAAGCGCGUCUCUUUUGAUAAUGUUGCCGACACAUUUGGGGCUAGUUUGUCGACGAAUCGCCGUCCAGCUACGAGCAUCGAAUUUUUCCCGCGUAGAGCGGAAUCAUCUUCUACGAAUGCGCCGAAAACGAAACCGUUGGAUAGUUCAGGAAAUCUGCCGUUAUGCACUGAGGUCAACAAAAAUGCGAAAUCAUCAAAGCCUAAUCGUACGGGUUUAAGGCUAUGUAGACCGGUUAGUUCGAUGGCAGCUCCAGCGAGGCCGAUUAUGCUUGCCGUGCAAUCGUUGAGAACUCAGCAGCCAUUUGUACGCAAUGCAGUUGUUCGAACGCCAGACAAUAAGCCAGAAGCGAGGCUUAUGGUGGUGAAUAAGAAAACUCCGGUUACAUCAAAUGAUAACGAUCUGGAUGAUCUCCCACCGAUGGGUACGUGA